AUGAUCUGCCAGUUUUAUCCAAAAUUAUCAAGAUCUUCCAGCACCACAACCCGACGACCUGCACCGCCACCUCCAGCUCCAACCACUCGACCAGCUCCUUCCACAACUAGAGCUCCUCCUGCAACGACAACAACUCGCGCGCCAGUACGUAGCAGCUCUCCAAACGCGGCACGAUGUCAAGCAAUAAUCCAAGAUCCGCUAGUAUCGGCCGAAGAGAUGUGGAGAGAGAAACUAGUCGUUUCUACAGAAGACAAUUCUAACCGGAGAACAGUGGAUUUGGACGCGGUAAUUCGAUCAAAUCUGGCGAAUGUUUGUGUUCCGCGACUGGACGAAAGCAAUUGCGAAAGAAAUACUUGCUAUAAUGCAUACUUCAGGACCAUGGACGGGACAUGCAACAAUCUCCAGCAUCCAUUGAGAGGAGCCGCCUAUCGCCCUUAUACUCGUCUUUUGCCAACUGUUUAUGACAAUGGCCUCUCGGAACCAGUCGGAUCAAUGAACCCUCAACUGCGCCCAUCUCCUCGAGCAAUCACUCGACAUCUCACGUCCUCUCAUGCCUCGGUUGUCUCUGAGGACUACAACGCUAUGGUUAUGCAGUUCGGACAGUUCAUUUCGCAUGACAUGGCAAAGGUAGAGCUAAUUUGA